GUCCUUGCUGCAGUCGGGCGAUGGCGGCGCUGGGCGGCGGGAGGCUGCGGCUGCUGCUCAGGCGGUGGCGGCCGGCGAGCAGCCUAAUCUUCAGAAAUAAUCUGAGAAAUGUUCAUUCUGCCUUGAGUUCAACUUCAAGAUGUGUAGAGAGACCAAUGUUUCUGAUUCCACCAGGAGCUGAGUUUGCCACGGUUCGAUUCAUGACAAUACAGACCCUGGACACACCAAAUCCUAACAGCUUAAAGUUUCUCGUUGGUCGUCAAAUAAUAGAAUCGGGAAGCAUUGACUUUCCAAAUGUCAAUUCAGCUCUCUGCUCGCCUCUAGCCAAGCAGCUGUUCCAAAUAGAAGGAGUUAAAAGUGUGUUUUUUGGGCCUGAUUUCAUUACAAUAACUAGGGAAAGUCAAGUGGAAUGGAACGUUCUUAAGCCUCAAGUUUCUGCUGUCCUUGUGGAUUUCUUUGCUAGUGGCCUUCCUUUAAUGACAGGUGUGCCACAACCAGAUUCUGCCCCCUCAGAGAGUGAGGAGGAUGAUGAAGUGGUUGCAAUGAUCAGGGAACUGCUGGAUACAAGAAUAAGGCCUACUGUGCAGGAAGAUGGAGGAGACGUCAUUUUUAAAGGUUUUGAAAAUGGUGUUGUGAAGUUAAAAUUAUUGGGGUCUUGCACUGGCUGCCCAAGCUCAGUCAUUACUUUAAAAAGUGGAAUACAAAAUAUGUUACAGUUUUACAUUCCUGAAGUUGAUGAAGUAGAACAGGUCCAAGAUGAAUUAGAUGAAGUAAACAUUAAAGCCUUUGAAGAACUAGAGAAGAAAUUAAAAGAUACAUAAAUUAUUUAUCAGAAAUUUUAAGAAAUGUAUUGAGACCUAUUUAUUUCUCACAGUUCUCCUCUUGUAAUACAAAGUCAAAUUGAUCUCACAUUACCUCUCUCAUUAUUUGUUUUAUGUGUAGUUUAUAUUAUUAGAAAUGCUGACUGUGGUAUGAAUUGUUGCUUUUUCUUUGUCAUCUGCAUUCCCUGUAAAUGUCUGAAUGGGAAAAUCUAGGCUAAUACCUCUCGUAUACCAAUCUGUGGAAUAGAAAUACUAUUACCUGGAUCAACAUCGAUCAUCAUGAAGGGAAUAAUGUAUUUGAUAUUUUGCUCAGUUCUCAUUGGAACGGGGCAGGGUGAGUUCCCUAUUGUGGGUCAUUCAUUUGUAGUACAUCUUAACUUAAGUACAUCUCAACUUUAGAACUCUAGAAUUCGGAAUGAUGCCUGUGCAGUCUAAAUAAUAGUUUCCAUUUUCUUAGUUAGCCUUGAACUCCACACAACAAAUAAUGAUGAAGAACUUAAAAUAUCUUUAUCACCUAUCGAUGGGGCCCACCAGUACUUUAGUGUUAUUCAAACACUACCUUUACUGAGCAUCAUAUAAAAUGCCAUGGAAGCAGGAUGUUUUAUAAAGUGUAGCUUUACAAGCACCUCUGUACAUUUAUAAAAGAAAUUUAACAGAGUACUUUUUAUGUUUGAGCUACAGGGGGAAGGGGUGUAUAUUUGAAGAAUGUUGGAAGAAAAAUAGCUAUUUGUAAUGUUUAAUGAAAGAUACUGGGCGCUAUGCCAUUGAUAUUUAGCUAAUGUACUUUUUCAGGUACAUACUAAAAUGUAGAAGUGAAAACUUUUAAAGAUAUCUGCUAUAUUUCCACUAAUUAUUUUAAAAGUGACUUCUUACUUUUGUUGUCAAAUAAAGCAACAGCAAUACUUCCUCUUGCAGCUGCUACCGAUCCAGAGGCUUUUUUUUAAUUUAGGUCAACAACCUUAAUUUUGCCAGUUUGUAUGUUUCUAAGUGAAUCCCCUUCAGUAUAGAACUUGAUGCUUUGGCCUGUAUAAAGUCUUAAUCUGCUUGACAUCUGAAUGGCAGUGCUUUAACUUGGUCACAUUGAACCUGGAUUGUUGAACUGAAACAAACUUCCAUUGAUCUACUACUGGUGAAGGUUUAGAUUGUUCACUGUACAAAUGAUGUAUUUUAUACAUUGUGAAUAUUCAUAAUCACUUUUACAGAUAUUGUAAUAAAUGGCAGGGGUUGGACACAUUGUAAAGUAGCUUGUACAAUGAAACUAAAUGUGUUAAAGCCAUUAAAGCAAUUGAAAUUUA